AUGCCAGAUUUUCGAACUUGGUAUUGCGGCUGGUGCGGACACGGUGGUGACCAGGAACUGGACUUACGCAUUUAUAUAGACCCCACUCUCUUGUGUUGGAUGAAUAUUGCACCUGCUGCUAUCGACGAAAGGAUGCCAGUGCAACGCUUGAAUCAGGUGGGCGACGCUACCCUCCGCCGAGAGAGCCCGUCCCUUCCUUCAAGUCUGAACCCAAUACUGGAAGUAGAAGAAGAAAACGUCGAUGACCUGCCGAGGACAACGAUGCCGACUCCGUCAAGUCAACAAUGGGGUCCAGAACAUGCCCCGAGGAAGCGAAGAUAUAUGUGGUUCUGCUGUCAAUGCGGUGACGGACCCAGCGACUCUGAAUACGUUUCAAAUUGUACGGAAUGCUAUCAUCGUCGAUGUGGUACAUGUUCGGUCAAGAAUAAGAGGGCAGAAGCUAUAAUUGCACCAAACUAG